AUGGAUUGUUUACCCGGCGGGAGAUAUCCGGGAUCAGCAAAAAGAACUGCAAUAUUAAUGCGGAGUACUUUGUCCGAAAUGAUCAACUCAAAACGAGUCGAGUGUUUCCUGGGACGGCCGGACUUCCUUGCCUCUGUCGUCGUCAUCCCCGUCGUCGCGCUUGGGGUAAACCACGAAAUCUUCAGGGGCAGUGGUGCGGUAGUCGAUCACGGCGAGGGGAAAGUCGGUAGCAGGGUGGCUGAUGGGUCUCCAGACGUUGAUGAGCUGGUAGCGCUUUUGGAGGAGGGCAUCUGCUUCUUCCUUGGGAGUGACAUGUCGCCUGACUCUGGCCUCGGCAGCUUUGGGUGUCUGAUCAACGUGGACUUGCUGGACCGGCUGGCGGGCGGCGCCGGGGUCGUGCCUGCGGAUGGUGUGGUCAAAGAUCUCGAUGCGCUUGAUCUUUUGGCCGCUGUGCUGGAGUCUUUCUCUCAGGAGGGCUUCCACCUCGGCGUAGUAUUUGGUGCGGACGGUCUUGUCGUCCUCGAAAUCUUCUGGGGUGGUGGCGGAGGGGGAGCGGUAGACUGCGAAGCCGGCUACGUCGAUGUCGGCACCAAAGGAGCCAACUUUGGAGUGGAUGUCCAGGCAGUCGGAAAAGUUGGUGACGUCCUUGGUGACGGUUUUACGGCUGUAAGAGGUGUGGUCGACGUCGACUUUGGCCCAUGGCGCUACACCAGCGGUGAUGCUGGCUGGGUCGAGGUAGCGGAAGGUACUGCUGGUCAUUUUGCGGGCUGUGACUUGUCUGAGGAGUUUUUGUGA